AUGGCUUUGUGCUCAGACCCUUCGUUGAGCAGUUGGCUUGCCGAAGCACUACAGCCAUCCCGAACGAAAAUACAGUUGGCGGAAGUUGCUGGUGCCAACAGGGAUACGCCUAAUGACCGAGAACUUGGCUUGGACACAGCCUCGGUUUCGCAGAGAGGCGAGGCAACCGACAAAUUGACCGUUGGAAGCCAAGCCCUCAGAGUCAAGUUCUUUGUACGAUUGGCGCACUGCUGCCAGAAGUUAAACAACAUUGAGGCCUUCUUUGCUCUUAUGACAGGCUUAGAUGCUGUCGGUUCGCCAUUACACAAAGAUUUGGCCACUCUGGCUCAAGAGGAAACAAGAGGAGUGAGAGCUGAAGUGGGAUUGCAGUUGAGUGACUCUGUUACUCAAGCAGGAUGGCAAAAGUAUAGCCCGAAUAUAUUCGCGAACAAAACGGCUACCCGAAAUUCCGUGCACAGUGGUACAGCUUAA